AUGACAGACUCAACCCCUUCUACUCGAGCAGCAAAGGCUUCGGAGUCCACAGAGAACAAUGACCCCUUGUUGUCUUCACCACCGAGAUCCACCAUUGGCAAGGAGCGAAGAGUGCCAUCAAUUACCCCGAGAAAGUUUCAAAGAUUCUUCACCCCCCGAUCACGGGUCUCUUCGAAACCCAGUGCCGUUCGAAAGGCCCUCCAUGAUCUCACUGCUCCCGCCCUUAACCGCGACCAGGCCCCUGCUUCAAGCCCGCUCAAACCCAUCUCGGAGGAACAACUCGGGGCUCCCAUUGAGGAUGAAUUGCCUGACUAUAGGACCGCCAAGCGAAGAAAAACUCAACACACCCCGAGCAGGUCGCAUCUUCCCUCACCCCUGCCAACAUCUCCAGGUCUUCUUGCAACUCCUGAUAUCAGGCCAGGUCUGAGCAGCCCGAUUCGCCAUGUCAAGUUCCGACCGAAUCGACGGAUGGAUGUUGAUCACCAUGAUGGAGUAUCAGAGGAUGAGGACGAUGAGCCCCCAUUGCCAUCGCCAAAGUUGAAGAGGAUUGUACCAUUACAUACCCGGGGGUUGGGUGGUCAAUUGGUCCAAAGAAUGUCAGGCGAUGCCUGUUUGGGUCGUCCGGUUCCUGGUAGGCAUAACCUCAUGAUACCGCCUGGUAUAUUCCUGCUAACAUGUAUCCUAGACUGGAGGACUGAUACUGCCAAAUUUUAUAGCAAACCGGAGGACGUUCACCUUUCAUCAAGUCACGAAGGGGCGCGUCGUGCCAUUCCUUUUUGUACCACUAGCUCUCACAUCGGUGAUGAAGAAGGCUAUAUACGCCUCCUUGAUGCAAGCAAGGAGUUCUCCAAGAUUCACCUGUCUUUCCAAGCUCACGGAAAUGCUGUGAUCGAUUUGGCUUUCUCCGGGGACGACAAACUGCUUGCUACUGCCUCGGGUGACCAGACUGGAAGAGUCAUUGACGUGGAAACACAGACCCCUCUCAACGUUUUAGGCCAUCACACUGCCUCGUUGAAGCAGGUCCGCUUUCAACCAGGCCGGGGACAGGACUGUGUCCUUGCCACCUCUGGCCGUGAUGGAAGUAUCCAAAUCUGGGACCUGCGGUGCAAAGGUGGACCGGUUCAGGACAUGUCGAUCAUUAACGAAGACCGCCUGCGUCAUGGUGCCCCCAAGCCCGUCAACCCUGGCUGCGUGGUAAACAGCAUCUAUUACGCCCACGCCCGCACCCAGCGGCAAACCAAGUCGGCCAAGAACUCCUCCACCACCGACGUAGCCCGCACGGGUGAGGUGCCCGGCCGUAUGGGCGAAGUCUCGGUAACCUCGUUACAAUUCCUCCCCCCUGGCCGCGAGCACCUGCUGCUCUCUGCCUGUGAGGCCGAUGCCUCGAUCAAGCUGUGGGAUAUCCGCGCCGUCCACACCCAUCGCCACCACAAGACUUCCACCCCGAUCUCGUUCACUUCCCCCCCACCAAGCCACGCAGCCUGGAGACCAUUCGGCAUCGCCAGCAUGACGAUGAACACGUCCGGCUCGAGAAUCUAUGCCCUCUGCAAAGACAACACUGUUUACACCUACGCCACGUCCCACCUCAUCCUCGGCAUCGCAAAUGAACUCAAGGCCACCCUCCCCGGGCAGGAACCCGAAAGACGGAGACACUACCCCCAUGUAGCACAUGAGGGCCUGGGUCCGCUGUAUGGUUUCCGCCAUCCCUUGUUCCACGCCACGUCGUUUUAUGUCAAGGCUGCUCUCCGGCCUGCCGCGAACGGAAACAGUGAGAUGCUUGCUGUGGGCAGUAGUGAUGGUUGCGCGGUUUUGUUUCCUACUGAUGAGAGGUACCUCUCCUUUUCCACCCCGGGCAGCGAGGAGGAAUCCUACUUUGUCGGGGAAAGCACCGCUCUUUUACCGACUGCGACGCCUUCUAGGCCGGGGUUGAGGUCGGGCGGUCCGCCUGGCUUGGUGAGAACGAACAGCAGCUCUUUGUUUGGUCGUCAGCAGCACGACAUGGGUGUUGCUGUCACCAAGAGGGGAACUCCGUUGGUGAGGGGUCAUGAUAAGGAGGUUGGGGCGCUGACUUGGACGGCUGAUGGGAGGAAGCUGGUGACGGUGGGGGAUGAUUACCUUGUGAGGUGCUGGAGGGAUGGCGACGAGGAGGCGAAGGAUUUGAGGAGGGGGGGUGAGUGGCCUCCAGGCUGGCGCCAAGUGGACCCGGGCACCUUCCCUGUGGGAUCUCCGGUGCGGGAGGGGUGA